UGUUAGUGGGUGUUUUUAUUUAUUUUCUACCUAACCUAGUUUUCAACCUCAAAUAAUAACAGUAAGAAGUUAAUUUGUCUGAAUAUUUUUAUCGAAUUACUCAUCAACUGGUCAGCCCUAAGACUUUAAAGAGCCGAAAUAUGGUUCAAGAGAUUGACGAGAACGAUUCGCAGGCUAAAAUUACGAGAGCCAAAAAGAUAUGUGAGGGAUUUCAAAGUCAGAGCCUUCAAACACGUAAACAAACUUACAUCGAUUUUCAACAGUUUAUAAAACCAGAAAAUAUCGAAUUGUCUGACCAAGAGUUAAGGGUCAUAUUCAGUGAAACUCACAUUUACUUUUUACAUGGUCUGAGGGACAAGUCUGAAGCGAUCCGAGAACAAGCAAUUAAAUUUGUCACCUACCUUAUUGAUGAGAGGCUUCCCUUACAUGACUUUUACUUAACAUACAUAUUUCCUAUUAUAGUUGAAAGGAUAGGCACGGUAGAACUUAUAGAAGAUUCUGAGGAAAUAAGGCUGCAAAUGCUUCAAUUAUUAAAUAGCAUAAUUAUAAAAUACACAAACACAGAACAGCUAAAACCUUUUUUAAAUGAUUCAGUAAUUAUUAUUGCUGAAUGUGUAAAGGACAAAUACCCUUUGAUUAAGGAACUCAGUUGCCAAUCUGUUGUACUGUUAUCUAAGGCUCUUCCGAGAGAAUUUCAUUUGCAAGCAGAAACCUUGUUGGAUCCAGUUUUAACAUGUUUCAGUCAUCGGCAAUAUAAAGUCAGAGUGGAAGCCAUAAAAGCUGUAGGGGAGAUUGUAAUGCAUAGUAGUUAUAAAGGAGUGGAUAAAGCUAUGGUGCCGAUGGCGGAGAAGCUAUUCGACCAAAUUCCAGCUGUAAGGCAAGCAGUGGCACAACAAGCAGCCAGGUGGCUUCUAAAUCACAGAGACAGAUAUUCAUAUUUUCAUAAAAUGCUGCCUUUACUGCUCACCGGAUUAAAUGACGAAGUUAAAACCACAAGAGACGAAGCCAAUCAACUGUGGGAGAGUGUUGGAUUAAAAUAUCAGACGGAGAACGAGAAGGAUCUAAAAGAUAAAAUGGAUUAUCUCUCGGACCCUCCAAAAAAUUACCCAACACACCUUAAACGACCGAAUUUAGGAUGUAGAGUCUUGGUCCAAAGAAACAUAAGCAAACUGGCAACGGCAUUAUCGAACGAAUUGAUGAGUUGGCAGGAUGAUGUUAAAGUGCGCUGCAGUCAACUGUUAUGUACUUUUGCUUUGCACGCUGAAGCAGAUCUAACUUUUAAUCUGCAAAGUUUGUUGCCUGCCAUGUAUUCCGCUGCCAAGGAUGAUAAUAAGGUUGUGGUUCAAAACAUAGUACAGGCCGGCCAGAUUAUUGGAUUGUUUGUCAGUUACAAAACCUGGUCAAAAAUUGUACUGCCGGUUUUAGAAGACGGUCCCCAUGCUGGACAUCUGACAGUUGUGUCAGCUUUAAUUGAAGGAACACCAAAAGGGAACAUUUCAAAUGAGGCUUUAGAAGCGAUAAGCAAAUUGUUGGCUGAGGACUACAUUUGUUGUAGUAGAAAAAGCAAAUUUCAAAUAGAGCUUUUAUCGUGCGUUCGAAGCCUCUCCAAGAAAUUCGAUUCUAAUCCAGAAUCUACCAUUUCGUACAAUCUAUUCAAAAUUGUAACGACACUUAUAUCAUUAAGAAGUUGUGAUAAUUCAGAUAUAAUCACUGAAAAGCUUUAUGAGGAGCUGGCGCACAGUCUCGGCUUUACCGGCAAGGCGGAUUUAAUGAUAAGUUCUGCCAAUAAACUUUUCAAUCAUCUUAAUAAUAAUCCGAAACUUUGGACACCAAUCAGCGAAAAUGCGUGCAUCUUCCUCACAUUGAUGUCGGAGAUUGAUUUGGCUCUGGGAGUAAAUCUGGAUAUCAUUGGAGUUAUUUUAAGUGAAGUGCUCGAUAAUCAAACUGAUGCGGAACUGAGGUUGAAAGUUUUCCAUUCGCUCACUAUAGUUUUUGAGAAAUAUGGUGGCGUUCUUGUCAACGAUGAACAUUUCGUAGGAUUUCUCGAGAAGCUUAUCACUGAUAUUUUCGUUCCGUCUUUGGUUUGGCACCCAGGAUCAACAGCUGAAGCCAUACGAACGAUGUCUGCCACUUGCCUUCGAUACGCUCUAAUGCUAAACGAAAGAAUUGAGUUGUUUUCAUCAACGAAGGUUUUGGAACCUCUUCUGCAAAAACUGUUGCUCCUUCUUUUAUCCCUUAUGGAAGAUGCAUCUUGUACUAGUAGAAAAGUCGCAAUUGAAUGCGUCACGCUUAUAAAAAACAUUUCUGUUAGAAACAAUGUUUGGUGCCUAGACGACUUUAUUAGAAUUUAUCCAGCGAUGCUUCAAAGAUUAGACGAUCCAAUUGAAAAAGUUAGACUUGCUGCCCUUAAAAGUCUUUCGAAAAUAUUUACGGAUGUUCCAUCUAAUUUUCUGGAAGUAACUUACAAAACUCAUCGGGAGCUGAUUGUUGAUACACUGAUGACACAUUUUGAUGAUGACGAUGAGCUCGUGCAGAACCUGGUUCUUGAAACCUUAAAGGUACUGGCCAAAAUAAAUACUUCAGAAAUGUUAAGGAAAAUUGAGAUUUAUCGCCCCUUACUAACUAACCAAGAAGGUUUGAAUCAGAUAGAAUCUUUUACGCAAAGUAUAGUAUGUGAUUCGUAGUUUGUAAAUCAUAUGGAUUUUGUGUCGUAGAUUGGUUCAGCAUUUUUGUAUGUUAAAAUAAAAUUAAUUUAAUAGAAAA